GUCGCAGAACCAUCACUUUGGUCCUCUGAUUUACGCUUUUGUUCUAGAAAAAAAUGUGCCCGAUUAAAUGACUUGGUCUCGAAUGAAGGCAGUCUACGAAUACUGACAGGACGUAAGCUUACAAAACUAUGGCUGCAGAAUCGCUAGGAGGAUUUCUUUAUGGCUAUAAGAAAGGUCAGAUCCAUCCCACGAAAAGCGAAGUAGUUUGGGUAAAUAAACGCUACAAUCCAACGGAUCUAAGAAGCAGUGCUCCAGUCCCGCGAUCAAAGUUCGUCUUAGAACAAAAGCCUAGUAGAGAAAGCGCCAUUCCAUCACACUGGAAAAAAGAUGUCGAACCUUCUCUGAAGACUUUCUCCCGAUAUUUCGAGGAAGAGAAAUGGUAUCCCUCAACCCAAGCAACAAGGUGUGAAGAGUGGUCCACACUUCGUCAGAUCUUACCUUCUAGAGGAAUCCCAAACAGAGUCAUCGCUCCAAGAUGGGGAACUGAGAUGCCAACAGAUUCGAAAUUCAAGCAUUUAACAGAGAAAAAGUUUCCCCAUAUUAACAGCCCAAUGACUCGGGGUGUAGAUGAUAUGCACUUGACCAACAGGCUGUUCAAACUUCACUGAGAAAACUGAAGAAACUUGAAUAUGAUUAUCCAAUUAAUGGUGUGAAAACUCGUUUUAAGUCGAUUUUACGGAAAGAACACAAUUUAUUACAUUGUUUUGGCUUAUAUAUAGACAUGGUGCAUAGAAGGAAUAGCCACUGGAGGGGUACUCUAGGAGGACUAUUGAUGGCAAGAAUGUGUGUUCACCUAGAGACACUUGGGAGAGGGAAAGGGAAACUUACAAACCAUUUUAAAAUGUUGGCACACAACCUCCCCUCUGCACAGUAACAGAUCAACACAAUAAUAGUUUUUACAAUAUUUUUAUUUUUGUUAAACCAAAUAUCGCUUCUCAACCCAACUGGAAAGACAAGUCAAUUGACAGUUUUAUUUUUAUCAGCUAACACUGUUCAAGUAAGUCUUUUGGCAUCAUGAAUAUUGUCUGGAAAGUGAGACCAUUGCAGUUGCAAUGACUAAUUAGUUACUAAUUAUGUUACUUCAAUAAAAUUUAUUAUCAGA